GGGUUUGCUUCAAACAAACUGUCCUCUUUUUUUUGUGUCAAAGUGAGAGCCUGCUUCCAUGCGACAGCUAGCUGCCGCUUGAAUGGAUCGUAGAAUUUGAUUAGUUCAGCAAUAACUACACUAGGACUGUCGAAAGAAGUCCUUCACGGAAAACGGAACCCCAUUAGCCCGUGAACAAAUUUGGAAGAAUAGGAUGAAGUGAAGACAUCAACCGAUAGCAAAAUGUGGAGCGCAAAAAAAGCAUCAUCAAUGUCUGCUGCAGCGUCAUCGGGGUCUGCUGCAGCAUCAUCGAGGUCUGCUACAGCGUCAUCGAGGUCUGCUACAGCGUCAUCGAGGUCUGCUACAGCGUCAUGGAGGUCUGCUACAGCGUCAUCGAGGUCUACUACAGCGUCAUCGAGGUCUGCUACAGCGUCAUGGAGGUCUGCUACAGCGUCAUCGAUGUCUGCUACAGCGUCAUGGAGGUCUGCUACAGCGUCAUUGAGGUCCGCUACAGCGUCUUCUGGGUCUGCUACAUCAUCAUCUAGGUCUGUUGCAGCGUCAUCGGGUCUGCUGCAGCGUCGUCGGAGAUGCCGUCCACGCAUGAUGCUGGCUUCCGUUGCUCGUCGGUCGUUGAAACUGACGUGCAUCAAACUAGACAGUGGACAAGUGCAACACACUAUCGCUAUUGCAACCACCCACUGUCGGCAAGUGCAACACACUAUUGCUAUUGCAACCACUCACUGUGAUGCAAUGGGCGUCAGCAUCCGGCUGAGGAUCGGACACAGAGCAGAGUUGCGGACACGCAAGCCCCAGCACAUGCGUACUGCGUGGAAGAGACAAGCUGCACUUUGAUUGCCCUUCACGGAGCGUUCGAAGAAAGUGCAUCGGACUGAACUGUGGGCCACUGUAACGCACGCUAUUACUGCUGCAAACAUCUACAGUGAUGCAGAGGACAUCAACGGUCAACGUUCAAUUUUGCAUGUGUCUGAAAAAAAUAAUUUUCCGAGUGUGCUGCUUGUUGCCGCUUGCUGCUGCUUGCUGCUGCUGCUAUCUUGCUUGUUGUGCAUGGAUCAUGGUCGUCGUUAUGUCAUAGCAGUGGGCUUGUGCGCAUGUCUGUGUGUGUGUGUGUCUGUGUGUGUGUGUGUCUGUGUGUCUGUGUGUGUGUGUGUGUGUGUAGCUGUGUGGUGUAGCGGUCAAUUCUUCAGCCUUGCAAGCUGUUGAAUGGUGCAAUCCCAGCACAAGCUGAUAUGGCUUCUGCUGUAGCAUCGCUAUCAUCACCUCCGGCGAUGGGCGUCCAAUGGUCCAAUGGUGUGUGUGUGUGUGUGCGUGUGUGUGUGUGUGUACUGAGGAGAUGCUCCCCGCAUGAAACUCACGGUUGCUAGCAUGGCUGCUUGUACCCCAUGGGCUUACAAGGAGCGCAGCAUGGAUGCUUCCCCUAUCGUCAACCACUCAGCAGUUUACAGCUAGCUUUUUAUAUUCUAAUGCCGGGAGAGCUGGGUGAUUGGAUGUGACA